AUGGCAACAAACGAGACCACUAACGCCACCCAAACCGACUUCAUGUUUGCCCCUUCUCACCAUCAGAGUCUUCGCCACCAAGCUACACAGACACCACUGUCGGCGUCACGUACUGCCAGUAUCACCACUGACGACUCGUCCAUUCAAGAACAUCAGCCUCAAACUCGCCAGUACAACAAUGACGAGAUCACAUCUCCAUCCCUUCUACCGACUCCAAAUCUAUCACCCUCCAGGUCGAAGGCCUCAAGCAAAGCGUCGGCACCUACUGCAACCGACGACACAGGCAAGUAUAAGCCUAGCUUGGAGCAUCUCCUCAUCAUGGCGACCGUGUCUCUGGCCUCGCUCACUGUUGCACUAGACAGCACCAUACUCAUCUCAUCUCUUCCUGUCCUUGCUGCAUCGCUCAAUCUCUCCACGACCACCGCUUUCUGGGCCGGAAGUGCUUAUCUACUGCCAUAUGCUGUGGUUCAGCCAUUCCUAGCAGCCCUCUCUGACAUCUUUGGUCGCCGCUGCUGCUUGCUCUUCUCGCUUCUGGCCUUCCUCGUCGGUAGCAUCCCGUGCGCCAUGGCUCAUGGAGCCACGGCUCUCCUGUCGGGAAGAGUCGUACAAGGGAUCGGUGGCGGCGGAGUAGUUGCACUCAGCCAAUGCAUCUUCACCGACAUUGUGCCUCUGCGCGAGCGACCUAAAUGGUUCGGCAAGACCGUCCUCCUGGCAUGGGCGAUCGGCACCCUCACUGGCCCGGUGGUCGGCGGCUUGCUUUCCGAUUCGCAUGGCGUAGGCGCAUCCCAUGGUUAUGGCGAAGGCUGGCGCUUCAUGUUCUGGAUCAAUCUCCCCAUCAGCUUCCUCGCCCUUAUCGCCACAUGGGUCUUCGUAAAACUUCAGCCCGUGGACUCACCCAUGACGAUGCGCAUGAAGCUCGCUACGGUGGACUACGUUGGCGGCCUGCUCUUCAUUCCAGGCCUGACCUCUCUCCUAGUCGCGCUAUCCUGGGGCGGCAACCAGUACUCCUGGUCGUCGUGGCACACUAUUGUCCCGCUCGUCGUCGGCGGCGCAGCUCUCGCCACAUUCGCCAUUUGGGAACGCUGGGGAACAUUCUGCCCAUUCAUGCAGCGCAACGUCUUUCCUAAUAUCUCAGCCGUCCUCCUCUUCACCUGCUCUUUCCUCUACGGGACGACGCUCUUCAUGGCGCUGUACUACGUUUGCUUCUACUUCUCCGGUAUCCGCCUACAGAGCCCCACUGUCGCAGGUGUGGACAUGAUGGCCGCACUGGCGUUCAGUCUGCCUACCUCCAUCGUAGUGGGCGUGCUGAUGACGAAGCUCGGCACGUUCCGCUGGGCGGUGUGGUGUGGAGGCGUGGUUGAGACCGUGGGAUAUGGGCUGUUGUUGGUGCUGGACGAGGAGACUUGCACGGGCACUUGGAUUGGGAUUUUGGCGAUCGUGGGGAUUGGGACCGGGAUGAGCUUGACCAGUCUGAACUUUGGGGUGCAGACUACGACGACAAGUGAUCGUGGGAGUGGGUCGGCAGCGGCGAUGUAUACAUUCUUGAGGAGUACGGGGAUGUGUGUUGGUGUGAGCAUUGGAUCUUCGGUCUUCCAGAACGUUGCUGCUGGAAAGUUGAGCGCCGUGGGGUUGAGUGAGAGGUAUGCUACGGACGCGGAGGCGGUGGUGUACAACGAGAUGAGGAAUUUCGGUCCGGGAGAUCUGUUGAGGGAAGAGGUACUGAGGGCGUGGUUGGACGGGCUGAGGAUUGUGUGGAUUGUCAUGUGUGCUGUCAAGGGAGUGAGUCUGCUGCUCAGUUUGGGUGUGAAGGCUAAGAAUAUGGAUCGGGAGCUGGAUGGGACGUUCAAGGUUCGGGGUGAGGCGUUGCGGGAAAAAAAUGGCGAUGAUGCUGUCUAA